UAAUAUUAUUAUUAUUAUUAUUAUUAAAGGUCCAUGCCAUUCUUCGGGACAAUGCAAGCAAUAUGAAGAAGGCAAUGAGGGACCUGGGAGUCUCCAGCCUGGGAUGUUUCUCGCACAUGAUUCAACUCGUGGUGCACGAUGGACUGCUGUCCCAGCGAAGUGUGAGCGAUGCGCUGGCCAGUGGGAGAAAAAUAAUUGGGCACUUCAAACAUUCCCCAUUGGCCACAUCAAGACUUGAAACUGUCCAGACGGGACUGGGAAUGCCAGUCAAACGUCUGAUCCAAGAUGUUCCCACCCGCUGGAACAGCACCUUUUAUAUGACUGCGAGCCUGCUGGAGCAAAAGAGUGCCAUCUCACUCUAUGCUGCAGACCACCAGCUCCCAGCAACACUGACAGCAAGUGACUGGACCUUGCUGGAGAAAAUCAACACUCUUCUGGCUCCAUUUGAAGAGAUCACAAAACAGAUCAGCUUCGCCACCUCCACCACCUCAGAGGUCAUCCCCUCAGUCAUCGUCCUGAAGCGUCUGUUGGCCAAACAGACCACAGAGGACAGCGGGAUAAAAACAAUGAAGGCGACACUUCUAGCAGCUAUGGGCACAAGAUUCCAGACCGUUGAGGCGGAGCCCUUGUACUCUGUUUCAACCAUAUUGGACCCACGUUACAAAGACAGAUACUUCACAAGUGCAGAGAGCAGCAAGCUUGCAAGAAGUGCACUGACCAAAGAGGUGGAGAAAAUCACUGCAGACAACCACCACCGAGGCAGCAGACCCAGCCAGUAA